AUGGCAACGGCUGUCAUCGACAACUUCAACCAAGAUGUCAAACAUAUCCAAUUGUUAAGCAAGGCUCCGCUUCUUGCGGACCCCAUUCGCCACGACAAUGUCUCGGUCGAUGCCAAGCAGCUGAUUGGCGAUGCUCUCCACCAGCGCGUCGUCGCCGUUGACCACGAGGUGUGCGAGCCUGGCGAUGAGGACACCUUCUACGUCGCCGACCUCGGCGACGUCUACAGGCAGCACCUCCGCUGGAAGAAGAAUUUGCCCCGGGUCAAGCCCUUUUAUGCCGUCAAGUGCAACCCUGACCCCCAGGUCCUCCGCCUCCUGGCUGCACUGGGCACCGGCUUCGAUUGCGCCUCCAAAAUGGAAAUCGAGCAGGUCCUGGCCAUGGGCACCAGCCCCGAGCGCAUCAUCUAUGCGCAGCCCUGCAAGACCAAUUCGUACGUCCGAUUUGUCAAGUCUGCCGGCGUCAGGCAGAUGACGUUUGACAACGCCGACGAGCUCUACAAGAUUGCCAAGCUCUUCCCCGAGGCCGAGCUGUUCCUCCGCAUCACCACCGACGACACGUCGAGCCUGUGCCGCCUUAGCAUGAAGUUUGGCGCCGCCAUGGACACCACCGAGGGGCUGCUGGCGGUGGCUCGCGACCUGGGGCUCAAUGUGGUGGGCGUUAGCUUCCACGUGGGCUCGGGGGCCUCGGACCCGCUGGCCUUUUACAAGGCGGUCCGCGACGCCCACGCCGUCUUCCAGCAAGGCCGCGAGCUCGGCUUCGCCAUGCGUACUCUGGAUGUCGGGGGCGGCUUCUGCGGCGACACGUUUGAGCAAAUGGCCAGCGUCCUCGACGGCGCGCUCGACGAGUUCUUUCCUGUCGGCUGCAGCGUGGAUAUCAUCGCCGAGCCGGGGCGCUACUUCGUGUCGUCGGCCUUUACCAUCGCGUGCAACAUUAUUGCUCGCCGCACCGUCGAAGACCCGACGCUCGACGGCAAGGGGUACAUGGUGUACGUCAACGACGGCGUGUACGGCAACUUUUCGAGCAUCAUGUUUGACCACCAGCAGCCGGUGGCCAAGGUGCUGCGCACGGCGGGCAAGACGCUCUACAACACGGCCGCGGCCAACCCUCGCCGCUCGGGCGAGGGCGUUGAGUAUUCUAUCUGGGGCCCAACGUGCGACGGCAUCGACCGCAUCAGCGAGAGCACUCGCUUCCACCCUCUGCUGGACGUGGGUGACUGGCUGUACUUUGAGGACAUGGGCGCGUACACCAAGUGCUCUGCGACGCAGUUCAAUGGGUUUCGCAAUGAGCACGACGUCAUCUACGUCUGCAGCGAGCCCGGGGCCCAGGCACUUUUGGACAUUUGA